AUGUCCAUCUUGUUUUAUGUGAUAUUUCUCGCGUAUCUCCGUGGCAUCCAAGGUAACAACAUGGAUCAAAGGAGUUUGCCUGAAGACUCACUAAAUUCCCUGAUUAUUAAGCUGAUCCAGGCAGAUAUUUUGAAAAACAAGCUCUCCAAGCAGAUGGUGGACCUUAAGGAAAACUACCAGAGCACCCUGCCCAAAGCAGAAGCCCCCCGAAAGCCGGAGCAGGGAGAGCCCGCCAAGUCGGAGUUCCAGCCAGUGACUGCAAUGGACACAGAACUCCUGCGGCAACAGAGACGCUACAGCUCGCCCCGGGUCCUGCUGAGUGACAGCACCCCCUUGGAGCCCCCUCCCUUGUAUCUCAUGGAGGAUUACGUGGGCAACCCCGUGGCGGCCAACAGAACGUCGCGGAGGAAGAGGUACGCAGAGCACAAGAGUCACCGAGGUGAGUACUCGGUAUGCGACAGCGAGAGCCUGUGGGUAACCGACAAGUCCUCGGCCAUCGACAUUCGGGGACACCAGGUCACGGUGCUGGGGGAGAUCAAAACCGGCAACUCUCCCGUCAAACAAUAUUUUUAUGAGACGAGAUGUAAAGAAGCCAGGCCUGUCAAAAACGGUUGCAGGGGGAUUGACGAUAAACACUGGAACUCUCAGUGCAAAACGUCCCAAACCUACGUCCGCGCACUGACGUCAGAAAACAAUAAACUUGUAGGCUGGCGAUGGAUACGGAUAGACACCUCCUGUGUGUGUGCCUUGUCGAGAAAAAUUGGAAGAACAU